AUGGUCGUAGGAAUAAGCCGUGGUUCCCUGCACCGGUAUCUCAAGCUCGGGAUCUUUCGUUCGCACUCGAAUGCUAUCCGUCCCAGCUUGACCGAUGCCAACAAGUACAGCCGCAUGAAGUUUGCAUUCAACUUCGUUCGGGCGAACAUGGAGUUCGACGACAUGAUGGACUACGUCCAUUUGGACGAGAAAUGGUUCUACAUCACCAAGACAACAAGACGGUACUAUCUGGUUCCUGGCGCGAAGGAACCUCAACGGAUGUGCAAGUCAAAGAGGUUUAUUUCCAAAAUUAUGUUUCUCAGCGCCGUGGCCCGACCUGACGCUACGGGUACAUGGUGGGACGGCAAGAUUGGAACUUGGCCGUUCGUUGAGUCCGUCCAAGCCCAGCGCAACAGUGCCAACCGAGCUGCAGGGACCUAUGAAACCAAGGCAUUGACCGUGACCAAGGACGUAUACCGCGCGUUCCUGGUGGAAAAGGUCUUACCGGCGAUCGUGUCCAAGUGGCAAUGCCCCAAGCGACUUGUCCACCUGCAGCACGACAAAUUCGCGCGCACAUGUGACGCCAGACGACGCGAAGCUCUUGGCAGCCGCCUUGGAUUCUUUGCCGCCAUCCAGUCCCUCCAGCAUUGCACGUCAGCCCGAACUGUGGACGACCUCAUCACCAAUGUCCAUGCAGCAUUCGACAAGUACCCGUUCGAGCGUUUGGACCGGACGUUCAUGACUCUCCAAGCGUGCCUUGUCGAAACGAUGAAGUGUUUUGGCGACAACGCGUACAAGGUGCCUCACCUGUCCAAGGAGAAGCAAGCACGGCUGGGGCUCCUGUCUGAAAACUUUCGAUGCCCUUCGGAUACCUACGACAGUGUCAAGCGCUCAGUGGAUUCCGUCGACUGCACCGUAAUGGAGAAGAAGUUCCAAGAGGAACUGGACGAGGCCCGGAGCAUGCAUGAGCUGGCCCAGGAGCUCGAGCGCAUUGCCCUAUUAUUUUGCGCGAGGGUAUUUUUCUCCCUCGACUGGUUCAAGGGCUACUGGCAGCUGGCGCUCCAUGAAGACUCCCAAAUGUACUACUCCUUCAUGACCCCCUUUGGAGUGUACACGCCCACAAGAGUGCUUAUUGGCCAGACAGACGCGGUGGUAUUCUAUCACCUGCACUCCCUCACAAGAAUCCAAGGACUGUGUGCACUCGCGCCACCCACCACGACAGCCGACCUCCAACAGUUCGUGUGCGCGAUCAACUGGAUGCGGUCCAGCAUCCCCUGCUACACCGAGCUUGUGGUGCCGCUCCGCCAACUCCUCGAUGCAGCGACCAAUGUCGUUGGCUGGGACGUUGGCCAUCUGCCCUGCUUCGACAAGAUCAAGGAAUCUCUCUUGACGAUGGUUUCCAUGGCUCACCCACGGGUAGACAUGAUGGUCUGCCUUUACACCGACGCAAGUGACAGCUUUUGGGGCGCGAUCGCCACUCAAGUACCAUUCGAAGACCUGGUCCUGCCGUUGGAAGAGCAGCGCCACCACCCGUUGGCCUUUCUCAGCGGCGCCUUUACUGGCGCAAGCGAGCGUUGGCCAAUCGUGGAUAAGGAAGCGUUUGCCGUUGUGGAAAGCUGCAAGCGCCCACAAGUUGGAGCGCUGGGUCUGGUGCUGUCCUCGUUCCCUUACACCAUCGGGUACCUGUCCGGUGAAGACAAUAUGUGGGACGACCUGCUCAGCCGCUGGGACGCCGCCCAAGCCCAAGUGUCAACGAAGUCCGUCCGGUGCCUCCUGGCCAUGACGGGAGAGACCCCGCCAACCGGCGUGGCGUGGAAUGAAGAUAAGAACCUGUUCCUCGACAAGGAAGACCGCAUCUGGAUCCCACCAAGUGCCACGGACCUCCAGCAGCGGGUCUGCAUCAUAGCGCACCAAGGCGCCGCGGGCCAUCGACGAAUCGAAGCCACGACUAAGGCCGUCCGUGAUGGCUUCGCCUGA